AGGAAUAGGAGGCCUGUUACGAAAAUCAUGAUGCCGCUCCAAGCACAUCCAGGGACUCCGACGCCCCCGCCCUGCAGCUGACAUCGCGCUCGGGACUAGUAUAUCUUCUGUGCUCCAAGUUGAGCAUUACACGUCCAGUACUCAACUUCCCCACUCAAGGAUGUACAAACACAUUAGUUGCAGUACUCAGGUCUCUGCCUAGAUACGCUGCGUCUGCUGUUGUGCGCAGUUUGCUGCUCUCACCUCGUCGCCCAGAUGACGAUGGCAAGGUUGACAGUCUCCCUGGUGGUGUUGAUCCUGGUCUGCGCGCCGUUAGGGCGUGUGCUCUCACAGGAAGAGUUCCAGGUGCUGCCUGAUACUUCCUUCGCCGCUACCGAGCCGAAUCAGAGUAACGCGUUCGACGACGAACCUGCUUUCGCUGCUGAAGACUCUACCUUUGGGGGUGACGAUGAGAUUGCUGCUGCUCCUGAGCCUGAGAGCCAGGCAUCUGAUUCUACAAGUUAUGAUACCAGUGAUUUGGAGUCAGAUGCGCAACUGAACGUCUCCAGAGAGGAGACUAACUCUGGUGAAAGCACCGAUGAUACACUGGUCUCUGAUAAUGACUUCGGGGAUGGUGUUGGGAACACCACUUCGGCGGACUCUGAUGGGUUUGAUAUGAUCGAGAACGAUGACAACUCUUCAUCACAAGAUUCCAGGGAGGAUUUUGGUGCCGCAUCUUUCAGCUCCAGAGGGGCAUGCUCAACGGGAAACCCCGUCGACGAUUGUUGGAGGUGUGAUCCAAACUGGGCAUCGUACCGCCAGCGCCUUGCUAGCUGCGCAAUUGGGUUCGGAAGAAGUGCCAUCGGUGGCAAGAAUGGCAGGAUUUACGUCGUCACCUCUUCUCGCGAUGACAACCCCGCAAAUCCUGCUAGGGGAACCCUCCGUUACGCUGUCACCCGACCUGGGCCCCUCUGGAUCACCUUCGCGUACAGCAUGACUAUUCACCUGAAAAAUGAGCUGCUAAUCACCAGCUACAAAACUAUCGACGGCCGUGGUGUGACAGUCCGCAUUGCAGGAGGUGCUGGUUUGACGAUGCAGCGGGUAAGCAACAUCAUAGUGCACGGAAUUGCUAUCCAUGACAUCAAACCAACAGGACCUGCAAGGAUUAUGAGCUCUACCAGUCAUGUGGGCAGCCGUGGCAGAACCGACGGUGAUGCUAUCUCCAUCUUCUCCUCAAAGAAUAUCUGGAUCGACCACUGCUACCUUGCCAGAGCUGCUGACGGUCUGAUCGACGUGAUCAGAGGCUCCUCUGGCGUGUCCAUCACGAACAAUUACUUCACUCAGCACGACAAAGUGAUGCUCCUUGGAGCCAACAAGGAGCACUGGGAGGAUCGAAACAUGUAUGUGACAGUGGCUUACAAUACCUUCGGUCCUGGACUGAUACAGAGGAUGCCGAGAGUGCGAUUCGGAAACGUCCAUGUUGUGAACAACGAUUACACUUCUGGAUGGGGAAUUUAUGCCAUAGCUGGAAGCGAAGGGCCUACGAUUCUCUCUCAGGGCAACAUAUUCAACGCCUAUAAGGGCUCCAAACAAGUGACGAAGCGUAUCAACGACGGUGGAAACAAUUUCGGAGGCCCUAAGAACUGGAACUGGAGAUCAGAGGGUGACAGGUUUAUUUCUGGUGCCUACUUUACUAGUGUGCCGAUGAAAUGGUCCUAUCAGAGCUAUUCUAAGACUGCAAGCUGCUCUGCUCGGCCAGCAACGAUGGUAACCAGGAUGGUAAGAGGCGCCGGUCCUCUUAGUUGCCGGCGUGGUACUCGCUGCUAGGUGACAGUUUGCCACAAACAUGGACCUGUUUGAGGUGUCACGGGGGGCCGUAGCUGCGGCGAGCAUGGUUUUCAAACCUCCUCAAGCAGUGGAUAUUGCAGAUGUGGUUGGUUAAUGCACCUGUAGCAGCAAUAUUUUAUGAAGUGCAGUUGCGUCAGGUUGUUACUAUUUUGAACAAAUUUGUUGCGGCUGCGCUUACUGUAGCCCACAAGAUUGAGGCAAGUUUGCGGCCAAAGUUGAUUUGGUGGCCUACUGUCAUUGUGUCUGUUCAUUGUUGUUUGUUUUAGGAGUUGAUUCGCGCUUCUGGUUUCGAACUUUUCUGUUCCAACUAGACGUAACCAUUUGUUCUAACUUAGCGCAGUUUGUCUUCAUGGAGAGAUCCCCAAUUGAAAACGAUGCUGUGUGCAUUAAAUGAAUAAAAUGAGAUGCUGCAGUAAAUGAAUGCAGCCAAACUCUUGCUGUC